AUGACGGUAAAAACAGAGCAACAGAACCCUGGGGGCCUUAAACCCUUUGACUGCACCUCAUUGUGGAGACAGGUGUGGGCUGUCAUCGUUAGCAUCCACAGGAAGUGGAGAAUGAGGAAGUGGUAUCUGUCUACAGACUUCCCUUCGGCCACUGUCAAGACAGAGCCCAUCACAGAGGAGCAGCCCCCAGGACUCGUUCCGUCCGUCACUCUGACCAUUACAGCCAUUUCUACUCCUUUUGAAAAAGAAGAGUCCCCUCUGGAUAUGAAUGCUGGGGUGGAUUCCUCGUGCCAGACAAUAAUUCCUAAGAUUAAGUUGGAGCCCCAUGAAGUGGAUCAGUUCUUAAACUUCUCUCCUAAAGAAGCCUCGGUGGAUCAACUGCACUUACCGCCAACACCACCCAGUAGCCACAGCAGUGACUCCGAGGGCAGCCUGAGCCCUAACCCACGCCUGCAUCCCUUCAGCCUGUCUCAGGCCCACAGCCCUGGCAGAGUCAUUCCCCGCGGUGCCUCUGCCUUGUCCACAUCUCCCCUCCCUCACUGCCCCCAUAAGCUGCAGGGAUCUGGCCCACUUGUCCUGACAGAGGAAGAGAAGAGGACAUUGAUUGCUGAGGGCUAUCCUAUUCCUACAAAACUGCCCCUGACCAAAUCUGAGGAGAAGGCCCUGAAGAAAAUCCGGAGAAAAAUCAAGAAUAAGAUUUCUGCCCAAGAGAGCAGGAGAAAGAAGAAAGAAUAUAUGGACAGCCUGGAGAAAAAAGUAGAGUCUUGUUCAACUGAGAACUUAGAACUUCGGAAGAAGGUGGAGGUGCUGGAGAACACCAAUAGGUGAGUGUGGCCACAAGAAGGCAGGGGCUCA